AGAGCACACAUCAUUUCCCAAGCAAUUUCCCUUCACAAAAACUCGCUUCUGGAAGCGAAAGAAUUCAAAAACUUCCUCCGUUCUCCCACUCGCUCCCGCUGAUUGCCUGAUUCCGGGCGUUCUCUCUUGCUUUUCUCUACAGAAAGCUUCAUAAGCAUCUGCAAUGGCGGUUAUACCAAUCGAUCCUGACUCUCAGUUUCUUGCCUCUUCUCCAGAGGCAGAGUCUCAGCUUUCGUCUCUCCUCUCUGAUUUGUCACAGCAGGUCCAGACGGCAAUGGGGAACAUGCUUAAGAUGAUAGUGGAAAUUGAUCAAAACUCUACUGGAAUAAUGGAGGACAUAGGAAAAUGCAAAGAUUCGGCCCUUGAAAGGAAGAAAAUCUUGGGCGAAGAGAAGGAAAGGUUUCAGAAAGCUGCUUAUACUGUGUUGGAUAUGCUCAACAACAGAUGCUAAAGAACUGUAUUCAGGUGUCAGCAGCAGUCCUUGGAUUAGGGUUCUACUGCAACAGGAACUAGAAGAAGAAGAGUAUAGGGAGAGAGAGAGAGAGAGAGAGAAAGAAUAGGGAUAGAGAAGAGGAAUAGAGAGAGACGAUAAAACUUCUUCUUUCUCGAUCUUCCAGAAUCUUCUGCCUUCUUCCACUUUCUUCUCUUGUAUGUGACAUCAGGUUAUGGUCCUUGUGAGCACCCACUUAUGUAGGAAAUCCUAGGGACCUUAUAGCUACUUAUUUUAGGAAAAAUUAUAGAAAAUGGUUUAUUUUAA